AUGAGUAACCUGAGGGCGCAGUUUGAGGCCGAAGUGUCCGAGAUAAAACAACAUUGGCACUCGCCCCGCCAGAAACACCUCCAGAGACCGUACUCGGCGGAAAAAGUCGCCGCCAUGCGCAGCUCCCUGCACAUCGACCACGUCUCGUCUGUGCAGGGCAACAAGUUAUGGGAGCUGCUAAACAAGCAUCGCAAGGAACGCACCCCGCUCCUCACGUUUGGUUGUGUUGACCCAGCCACCGCUUCGCAAAUGUCCCGUGCGGGAAUCGAGGCCGUGUACGUUUCUGGCGGGGUGUCUGCUCUGCAGGUGGCAGACGAAAUUGGCCGCGACCAUGCAGACUAUCCGAGCGACACAGUGCCAAAAGUUGUGGCGCGGCUCUUCAAGUCGCAGUUAUUCCACGAUCGCAGGCAGAAGUCUUACUAUCUAGGCCGCUCUGCGGCCGAACAGGCCGAGCUCUCCGUCUACGACUACCUGCUGCCGAUGGUGGCAGACGGCGACAUGGGCUUUGGCAGCGUGACGGCCAUAAUGAAGCAGACCAAGAUGUUUGCGGAGGCCGGAACGGCGAUGGUGCACUACGACGAUCUGGCCAUCGGGCUCAAGAAAUUCACCGAAAAGCUGGGCCGCACAGUUGUCCCGUUGAGCGAGUACCUGCGCCGGCUAACAGCGGCACGGUUCCAGCUGGACGUGCUGGGGUCCGAGAUGCUGCUCAUGUCGCGCGUCGACUGCUACCACGCCGAGUUCAUCACGUCCGUGGUGGACGCCCGGGACCACAAGUACGUGCGCGGGGCCACCGUGGCGGGCAUUGAGUCAUUUAUCGGGGCUAUGAACCGUGCGCACGAACGGGGCGAGAACGCAGCAGAAGCGCGUGCGCGGUGGCUCCAGCAGGCCAAAGUUAUGACGUUCCCGGAGGCCGUCAAGCUGGCGGCCACGCCGGACGAGUACGCGGCAUUCUGCCGGCUGUUUGAAGCCCGUCCGACGCCCGGCUUGGACGAGAUGCGCGCGUUUGCCGAAAUAACGGUGGCCACCAAAAUCUAUUUUGACUGGGACGUGGCGCGCACCAGCGUCGGCCAGUACCUGUACCAGGCGUGUCCUCAGGCAGUUAUAGAGCGCGCCGUGGCCGCCAUGCCGCUCACAGACACCACAUGGGCGCGCAUGGACACGCCUGUGUGGCGCGACAUCGUCGAGAUCCACACCGCUCUGCGUGCCGUCGACAGCGAGCGGUGUUUUGGGUUCGGCUUCACGGGCAGUUUUGACUACGAAGCGGCGGGUUACACGUGGCAGGAGGUGUGUGAGCUUCCGGUGCGGCUGGCUGAGAUGGGCAUCGUGUUCCAGACACAGCCGAUUUUCGCGCUCCAAGGCGUCAACAUGUACGUCUACGAGUUUGCGCGGAUGUUCAAACAAGAGGGCAUUGCCGGUUAUGUGCGCGACGUGCAGCGGCCGUCGCUGGCGGGCAACUACGACCACAGCGGCACCGCGUGGGGCGGGAACUACUUUGCCGAUGAGUGUCUGAACGUGGCCAACAGUAUGGAUAUAACUAUGGAAAAUUAA